ACUCGGCCUAUGGAAACGGACUGUGUGUUAACUCUUUGGAGGCUGGAAAGACUUGUUCACUGAUCCUACAAUUGCCACAUAAUCUUUCUCCACACUUUGGUUUCGCUAGCAAAUAUCGUGAAUUACAACCACAUAGGUUACCCAUCUUUCUAUUAGUCCAAUUCAAGCAUUUUAAUUUCAGAAGUUCUAAAUAGACUGGUGACCGGAAAGUUAAGUCCACUUUGGUGACAUAGGUAGGCAAAUAAAUUAUUUUUUAAGUUUUCCGUAUACCACAAACCGGAAUGUUAAAAUUCACCCCAUUUCAGAGAACGCAACGUCCUUGUUGCACUCUAUGAUCGUUAUCCACUUUAGUGUGAGCCCUCACAUGACUUCACACUCGUCUGGGUUUGGCUCUGGAUACGGCUAAUGGACCUCUCAUGUCCGCUCAUUCGGACCGUAGGCCCCAUUUUGUGUGACCGGUGGUGCAUUAAUUUUUCGAAAGUUAGAAAGUCUUGUUUUGCUGACCAUACAAUCACCACAAGACCUUGACACGUGCUUUAGUCUCACUCACAUGAUACUACAAAUGAUUUUUCGGUAGGUUAACCAUCUUUUCAUUACUCCCACUCAAGCAUGCUUAACCUUGAAGUUCUAAACGGAUGUGUGACCAAAAAGUUAAGUGCAUUUUAGUGAUAAAGUUAGUCAAAUCAAUUUUUUAAGCAUUUCCAUAUAAUCAAACCGGGAUAUUAUAAUUUAACACCUCUCAUAAAACGCACGUCCUCAUGGCGCCUCUAGAUCUUUACCCAUGUUAGUGUGAGCCUACAAAUGACUCCACUCUCGACUAGGUUCAGCUCAGAUAUCACUUGUAACGAUCCGGCAGCUACAGUAAUUGACCUCCCACACACGUCCACUCAGCUAGUGGAUUUUAUUCCAUGCGAAUGUGCAUUAAUUUUUCAGAGGCUGGAAAGACUUGGUUACGGUCUGAAAUCAACUCAUGACUUUCUCUGUGUUUUAAUCUCACUUACACAAUAUCACAAAUUAUUUUCCGAUAAGUCAUCCAACAACGUUUAAUUCAGGAGCUUUAAAUAAACUUGUGACGGAAAAAAUAAAUACACUUAGAUGAUAUAGAUAACCAAACCAAUUACUUCUUAAGAUUUUCCAUAUAUUACAAACCGGGAUUUUUUUUUCGACGAAAGGCUUUACAAACUGGGAUGUUACACUUUUUUUUAUUAAUCAAUCAGAGUUACAUAGUUGAGGAUAGCAUAAAUCUAUCAGCAUCUAGGAGCUGGUGUUCUUACUCAAUUUUUAAUUGUUUACAAUAAGUUCCACAAUAAUUUGUGAAUAACCAUAUCUUUUGAAAGUUUCAAUCAUUUUGAUAUUUAAUCAAAACAGAGUACCCUCGUUUUAUAUUAUGUCCCUAAAAGUCUAUAUAGCUUAAUCGCUUAUGAAAAUUCUAUUUUGUGUAGAUCAACAUCAUUUUUGAUAUUUUUAAAAAGAAAUUCAUGAAAUUUUCUAAACUUGACUUUUUCUCAGAACAGUUUCAUAUUGUUUUUGUAUAAUACUUUUGAUCUCCCAACGUUCUUGAACGGGUCCAAGUCCACUACUCCUUCCUCGCAUGUCCUUCCCCUUCCAUCUCUCUCUCUCUGUCUCAAAAUUUCUUUUAUCUCAGAGAUGCUUCGAUGGGCUCAUUUAACUGCAGGGAUUCUCUCCAUUGUCAUCCUGUCUUCACUCCUCGCGGUCUUCCUCCGCCGCUGGUGCUGUCUCCGGAGACCAGAGGACUCCACUGCCCAUAACACGUCUAGCCCCAUUCGGCGCGAUAGCUUUCAGGCUAGAAUCUCCAAACUCCACCAAACCAGCCUCAGUCACCAGUUAGAUAUAUCCGACAUGAAACGCAGAGGAAGUAUAAACAAUUCUUGCGUCUCACGUAGGGCCACGGGCGGAUUGCCAUCAAAAUCUGGUCUAUUUAUCUGGACAGACCAUCCGGCUUUGGUGACAGAAGCGGUUGAGAAUGGGUGGACAGGGUUCGGAUUCGCUGUCCAUACAUCAACUCGUUUUGUGAUUGGAGCCUCUCCGCGACCUGCUCUUCUAGGGCUUUCCACGACAGCUGGGAGCGAUGAUCCUGGUGUAGUGAUCACAUGGGAAGUUUCAAACGGUUCCGAGGAUUUCACACAGAAGAUCAAGUUUAAUCAAGUAUUUAGAGAGACAAUUAACGGGAAAACCCCAUUGAUGCUUCUCCGAGCAGCUCUACCGCUUCCCGGACCACAACUCAUAUGCUCUGCUUUUCCACAGGAGGCUUACUUUGAAAUCACACUUCUGGAGAUCAUUGGCCGCCGCGGUGUUGUUAGUGACGUAUGCAGUGACCCUGCAUCAGUGGAAGGUGAAAAAACUAUGUUGUUCAAGAGCCAAGGACCAAAACCCGUGACAAGAAAAAAAAAGGAUGGGGAAAAUGAAGAAGCCCUUUUGUCUCUAGGACUAGGGACUGGUGGUUCCGUUGAGGUCAGCGAGGCACAACUGCCCGGAAAGUUCCCCGCUUCUAUUGGAUUUCAAUCGGAUGGCGCUGUAUAUCUUGAUGGAAUGAAGUUGGUUUGUGAAUCAGAGAAAUAUGCGUGGGCGAAGGAAAAGAAGGUUGUUGGAUGUGGUUAUGACCCGAGGAAGAAGAAGGUUUACUUCACAGUCAACUCACACUUGGCUCACGUCAUUAACUGUAAAGCAGACGAAUUUGGGACACCUCUCUACCCCAUUCUAGCUUCCAAUACAGAGGCCACUAUUUUUAUUAACUUGGGGCAAUCUCCAUUUUAUUAUGGCCCGGCAAACGGGCAACGCACAACGAACCCGUGCCGUAGUGCUGUGGCCGGGCUUGAGGACAGCAAAGAAUUGUUUUCCAUUGGGAGAUUAGAUUCCCAGUAUUUAAGAAACUUCUUCAUAAACAGAGGAAACAGUGAGAUGAUUGCAAGCGGGAGGACCAUUGUGGGACAAAGCCAUAGACGUAAGUUGGACUAUGACGAAGAAUCCGAUGCUGAUCUUUUUGAAAUUGCGCUAGAAUUUUCUGGUAAACCAAAUAUUGCCAAGUUGUAGCAUUUAUACGAAGAACAUUAUCUCAUCUUGAAUUGUUUCCUUAUUGUACAAAUAAUUUAUGACUCCAAGUUCAUCCUAUUAAUGAUCAAUUAUACA